GAUACCAAACUUCGAGUGACAGAAGGUGAGAGGUUCAGGUGCUGGAUUUCAGAGAGUUUUUAUUCAGAACCUAACAAACAUGAACAGGAAAAAAAAAAUCCCAUGUUCCACCUCCUUUGGAGGAAGCUGCAGGCGCAUUAAGGAAAGAUUUGGGUCAUCAAGGCCCCUGCUAUAGAUAAAGGUGUGAGAAGGAAGCAUCUAGGGCAUCAUCGCAUCCCCUCCCGGGCAGGCUGUGGGUGUGGGAAGAAGCGAGGAGCCCCGGCUGCAGGGCGGGCAGCAGAGGAAGCCGCUGGGCUGCGCCUGCAAUCGGUGCGUUGCCCCUUUAAUUGUGUCCCCAGCCCUCGGGCGGCUCUGUCCAACGCCCACGUCAGCAAAUACCUUUUGUUUCUCUCACGUUCGGGCUUGCAGGGCUCGGGGCUGCGGGACCAGCGCGGAGUCGCCUUCAGCCACCGUCAGCCCCGACGCGGGGCCGGGGACCCCCGCACCCACCGCCCGCUGCCGAGGCUCCGCGACCGCCGCCCGCAAGCCAGCACCCAGCCGAGCAACUGUUUCCUUCCCAUCUCUUCUGGAAUGGAGAUUUCUUCCCACCAGUUUCACCUCUUGCAGCAACUAAAUGAGCAGCGCAGGCAAGAUCUGUUCUGUGACUGCAACAUCCUGGUGGAGGGGAAGGUCUUCAAGGCCCAUCGCAAUGUGCUGUUCGCCAGCAGCGGCUACUUCAAGAUGCUCCUUUCGCAGGGCUCCAAGGAGACGACUCAGCCCACCACGGCCACCUUCCAGGCCUUUUCUCCCGACACCUUCACAGUCAUUCUGGAUUUCGUCUAUUCGGGCAAGCUGUCCCUGACCGGGCAGAACGUCAUCGAGGUCAUGUCGGCCGCCAGCUACCUGCAGAUGACCGACGUUAUCAGCGUCUGCAAGACCUUCAUCAAGUCCUCCUUGGACAUCAGUGAGAAGGAGAAGGAUCGCUACUUCAGCCUCUCGGACAAGGAGGUGAAUUCCAACGGCGUGGAUCGAGCCUGCUUGUACAGCACGGGCUGGAGGGCGGAGAGCAGCCCCCCGCGCCCGCACUUAAGUCCGGACCAAGGGACUUGUAUGAUGGGUGGCAACACCUGGAGCAAUUUCAGCUACUACCCAGCCUCUCAGAGGAACGCCCAGCAGCAGCAGCCGCCGCAGCAGCUGUCCAAACACGAGCAGAGGCAAGAUUCGGGCAAGAAAUCCAGGCACCUGGGACUGCAGCAGCCCUCUGAUGUGCCUCACUAUAAAUCCAGCAAACUGGAGGACAGGGCUGCCGAGCCCCCCGGCCACGUCACGCAGCCCGAAGAGCAAGUUCCGAUCGAAGCAGAGGUUGAGUCUCCUCAUGUGGGUUACCAGUACAGCCAAGGGGCUGACGUGAUGCCCAGGAGCUUGGCUGUGUCACAGCAGGAGCAUGAAUCACCUCGCUCUUCCAGUAAAUCCAAGUCUUCAAAGCCAGAGGAGCAGUAUGGGAGCAUGCCCUCCAUCCUGGGGGUGAUGGGAAACUGGGCUGAAGAUGAUCUGCCCAGGAUGAGGUUCAAGUGCCCCUUUUGCACUCACGUGGUGAAAAGGAAAGCAGACCUGAAGCGUCACCUGCGCUGCCACACGGGGGAGAGGCCCUACCCCUGCGAGGCCUGCGGGAAGCGCUUCAGCCGCCUGGAUCACCUCAGCAGCCACUUCCGAACGAUCCAUCAGGCCUGUAAGCCCAUCUGCAGGAAGUGCAAGCGCCACGUCACCGAGCUGACGGGACAGGUGGUGCAGGAGGGGACGCGGCGUUACAGACUCUGCAACGAGUGCUUGGCCGAAGCUGGCAUAGACAGUAUCCGCAUUGACUUGGAGGCUGAAGCACCCCUGGAGUUCCCCCAGGAUGGGGACAAAGAUUCCAGGUGGCAGUAUGGGGAAGACAACAGAUCUGACGUGGAGAUCGUGGAGGACGGCUCGACCGAUUUGGUCAUCCAGCAGGUGGAUGACAGCGAGGAUGAAGCAGAGGAAAAGGAAGUCAAACCCAAUAUUAGGUAGCUGUAAGACCACGACUGGGAGUGAGUGUCAGAGGGAGAAUGUAGUGUCCUGACCAUAAGCCCUCCACCAGCCUCCUCAUCCUCCAGAGACACGCUGGUUUCUCUUGAACAGGUCCAGAUUUGCAUGUUUUUUAUGGACACCGUUGAGUCCAAGUCUGAGUUUUGUCAUCAGGAUACCCAUUACCUGGCUUCAGUGGAAAGGAUCUGUCUUUGAAACCAUGGAUGGACAAAGAAACUCAAGUACUACAAGGAUAACGUUUUAUAGUAGACAAAGGGUCGCUUCUCAACACCUCUUUCCAGGGAUUGAGGUCUAAAUACUUCAGAAGUCACACACAGUACUGUAAACUGCCCAGUUCUGAGGCUGGAGGGCUGUGGGGUGGGGUGUAAUGUCAUCUGGGGAGAACUAGGAGUACCCUUCCCCCAGGAUACUUCGCCUCAGUGGUCAGAAAUGAAGAGAAUCUUCCAUGAAAAUUCAUAGAAUCCUAGAAUGCCAAGUUGGAAGAGAACCCCCCCCCAAAGAUCAUCUGGUCCAACCUUAACAUUCCUGAAGGCUUCAUGUUAUGAGGAGGAAACAAGCAAACAAGGCAAGGCAGCUCAUUAAGGAGAAGCAUCUAAAAAUGCACCUGGGAAAACCUUUUCUUGUAAAAUUGAUUAGAGUAGGGAAAGUCUUGAGCAGGUCUUUCAAGACCUCUUCUUUAACAGAAAAUACAGACAUGGAUGACCAGGAAGCACCUCUGCUACAAGGACAGGCUGAGGGAGCUGGGGCUCCUGGAGACGAGAAGGCUCCAGGGAGACCUUAGAGCAGCCUUCCAGUACCUGAAAGGGGCUACAAGCAGGCUGCAGAGGGACUGUUUGCAAAGGCCUGCAGUGAUGGGGACAAUGGUUUGAGAUUAGAGGAGAUUUAGAUUGGAUGUGAGGAACAAGUUCUGCACCACGAUGG